CACUCUCCCCAAAGCCAUGGCCAAUGCCCUCUGGCACACCAGGGACAUCUCCUACGCAGGAUGUGCUGCACAGGUCUUUUUCUUUCUCUUCUUCCUCGCAGCAGAAUAUUCCAUUCUCAUCAUCAUGUCCUAUGACCGCUACAUUGCCAUCUGCAAGCCCCUGCACUACGGGACCUUGCUGGGCAGCAGAGCUUGUGCCACCAUGGCAGCAGCUGCCUGGGCCACCGGGUUCCUUAGUUCCCUGCUGCACACGGCCACUACAUUUUCCAUGUGUCUCUGCCAAGGCAAUGCUGUGGAUCAGUUCUUCUGUGAAAUCCCCCAGAUCCUUAAGCUCUCCUGCUCAAAAUCCUAUCUCAGGGAAUUUGGGCUUACUGUGAUCAAUGCCCUUUUGUUCUUUGGGUGUUUUGUCUUCAUUCUUUUCUCCUAUGUGCAGAUCUUCAGGGCUGUGCUGCGGAUACCCUCUGAGCAGGGACGGCACAAAGCCUUCUCCACGUGCCUCCCUCACCUGGCUGUGGUCUCCCUCUUUCUCAGCACUGUCACAUUUGCCAAUCUGAAGCCCCCAUCACUUUCCUCCCCAUCCCUGGACCUGGUGGUGGCAGUGUUAUACACGGUGGUACCUCCUGUCAUGAACCCCAUCAUCUACAGCAUGAGGAACCAGGAGAUCAAGCAAGCUCUCAGGACACUGUUUGGAGAUACAUUGCUUCGGCACCAGUAA